AUGGUCCUGACGAUCUACGCCGCAGCUAUGGCCCUGAUUGUUAUCCUCUCUGUCUGGUGGAAGCCUCGCGCCCUGCCCAAAGAUCAUCCGCCUAUCAUUGAUAUUCCGGCUGAAGAAAUGUUCCGAAACCCCCGUAGAGCGUACGAGUCGGCUUUGAAUGAGCAUGGGCCCAUAAUAGCUGUAUAUAGGAAGGGCAGGCUCGAGUUCAUAGUCAACGAACAAUUUACUACCGAAGUUCUCACCAACGAUUCUGUCUUCAGCUUCGAGAGUGGUACCCUUACGGUCCUAAAUCUCCAUCCCUUGCUGCUACUUCCUCGCAGCUUUAUCCGCGACAUUGACAAACUAGUCAAUGAGGGCCUUGUCCCCCUCAUGAAUCAAAUAAUUCAGCAAAUUACUCCCAUAUUCGAGCGAAAUAUCCGUGUCUUGACUGACAAGGCGCAAAGUGCUACAUCUAAGGAUCCGGCUCCGGUAGAUUUGGCUGGAUUAGUCCACAGGACCAUGGCGGAAUCCAUGCUUACAAUCAUCUUUGGAGAGGCUUACACCACCCUUGCGGAUAUCCGAGCAGCAGAAAAGAUUGCUUCUGACAUUGCUGUUCUUUCAGGAAUCUAUCAGAACAUCGGAUACUGGUCACGGACGUUUCCAACUUCAUGGAGAGUCAUCACAUGGAUACGCAUCAUGGCAUUCUCCAUUCCCUGGAACUUUAUUCGCGUAAUAGGAUUCCGUGUCUGGAAGGACCUAAGAUCGUGCACAAAGACCGGAUCUACAGGUCACCUCCGCAAGGAAACUCUACUCCACUACCUUGUCCGGCGCUACUCUUAUAAAGACGCACAUGCUGUUCGGCUGACAUUGCUUGACAGCCUCUGGAUAUUAGGUCUCACCCUUGGCUUACUCUUUGCCUCCAUUCACCAAACUGCCGCAGUCAUCGUUUGGGUUGUGUUCGAGCUGGCCGUGCGUCCCGAAAGCAUACCAAUCUUGCGCGCGGAGCUCCAAGACGUACUUGAGGUGGACGAGCAUAGCGGGAAGCUGGUGCUAACAAACGCGUCCUUAAAGAAUGCCGAGCGGCUUGACUCGUUUAUUCGGGAGGUUAUGCGCACAAAGGGCGAUACUUUGUCAACGAUUCGGCUAACUCUCCGAGAUGUCACACUAGGAGGAUACACCAUUCCGAAAGGGCAGCUAGUGUGCCCCCUUGCGACCUUGUCUCAUAGGAAUCCCGCGUACCAUGGCGAAGAUGCCGAAGAGUUCGUGAGCGACCGAUGGGUGGGCCAGAGCAAACCGGCGGUCAUGGUGAGUCCUACGUACUGGCCGUUCGGCCUAGGAAGGUUUGCGUGCCCAGGACGUGCGCUAGCCGUAGCUGAAAUUAAGCUGGCGGUAUUCUUUCUGAUAGGUCGAGCUUUCCCAGUUUUAGAGGGAAACAAAUACGAAGUGGUCGACCCCUUGAAUAUCACAUCGGUGCCACCGGUGGGACGCUUAUUGCUUCAGCCAGCUCCCCCAGUGUUUUGA